AUGAACUUACUAGAAGCGUUGCAGGUUAAGACCGAAGCUGAUGAGAAGAGGGUGUUUACUGUGCGGAAGGUGCACAAGUUGGGCUUCAAGGCUAGGCAUAUUCUAAGGGAGUACUUCUCUAAAUAUGGUCAUGUACGUGAUGUUGUGCUACUACCUAUGCGGGCCAAGCCUCGUCCGGGCCCUGGCGGUAUCAUUCGUGGCCCACGACCGAGCUCUAUGGGCUUUGUGGUCAUGUCCACCCCUGAGGAAGUCCGCCGCGUCUUAGAUGUUGAUGGUGUGCAUAUUGUGAGAGGAUGGCCUAUCGAGGUUAGGCCGUUCGUGAGACCUGCUGAUCAGGCCCCUGCUACUACUACUAAAGUGCAGCAGCAGCAACACGAAGAAGGAGAGUUUUUUGAUGAUGUUGUUGGUCGACUCCUCCGGCAUGCUGCGUCUGUUAAACGGGUUACUCGAGCGACAGGCGUCGGGAAGGAUUCGGAAAAACUCGUACAACAGCUGAGGGCGGGUGGCAUCACGAAUGGCCCCCAUGGCCGACCCAAGUUGCAGGAAGCCAACUCUAUGGUGGGCAAAUCGUGGAGGUCUUGGCGAGACCCCAAUGAGGUAGCUCGAGUGCUAAGGGCUCUUGUGGGGUCCUAUCGUGAUGAGGGAUCGACUCCAGAUCCAGCGGUGUGUCUGGACAUGCUGGCAUACCUUGAGGAACACAUGUCCGAGAUAACAGACCUCCCAGGCCUUGUGCAUUCGGUAGGGUUUAUCUCGACCCCAGUGGGUGUUCUGCAAGAUGUGGAACUGUGUGCGGCCCGUGACAAGUUCCUAGAGAAGGCAUUCGACCGGCUCAAACGAAGGCAUAGUAAUCAGUGGAAGCGUAUGGAUCUUCCCCUCGUAGCAGCAGUGAAGAACUACAGACCACAGUACCGUGGUUUCAUAAUGGCGGUGCUCGAUACAGCAGCCCGAGAACUGGAAGUCGAGUAUGGCCGACAGCACUCUAACCUGGCCGACUCUCUCACGAGAUUGCCCGUCUUCCUUCAUGCCUACGCUGUCACGGGCGAAAGUGGCCAUGCUGUCCUGAACGUGUCCGUCAACAUCUUAUCGAACCAUAUGGAUCAAGUGCCGUUUUGGGUAUUGACACACUCCACAUCCCACCUGGCUACAAUAGCAGCCCACGAAUGCAAUAGCGACUUGUUGAAGGGAUUCUUCUGGCAGUUGAAGCGCUUGGAAUGUACGGAGAUGGCCGAAUUGGCAAGGGAGAUCUUCGCUUUCUACACGGCGCUUUGGAGGCUCAACCAAGCCUUACAAGAGGAAGACACUGAAGUCAUGCGUCGCUGGAUCGAGUGGAAAUUGAAGGAUAUCAUUACUGUGGAAGAUCGUCUCUACUUCGAUGGGUUCGCCUUGGAAAACCUAUGCGUUCUUCUCUCCACAACUAAGCUGGAGGCGGCCGAGCUUUUGGAGGUGCUGAAUAGAAGAGUUGUGGACGAGGAUAUCGGCACCUUGAGCCCGCCGGCGCUCAUCCAGUGUCUCAGGUGA